AUGGGUCGGCCGCACAGACAUGGAAUGACAGUCGCCGAGCCGCCCGUGUGUUCUGGGUGCCGUGUUGAACCAGAGUCUCUGAAGAAACUGGAGCAACAUGUCCGAAAAGUGCCAGACUUAUAUCCUGGUAACGAACAGACUACAGCCAAAGCACCUGCUGGCCUUUUGGACGGUGAUGGAUCGAGGAUAUCGCUGACCCAUCCACUCAGUGCCCAAGCCAACGAGAUCGGACCUUCGCAGGAUAAUGAUGUUUACAGGCCAAUGCCGCCUUGGAUGUCGCUGUUGCCGUCCGUUCGAAAAUCAAGGAAUGGACAACCAGAAGAGCAACAUCAGGAACAGUGUGAGCGAUCAGCAGGUGAGCGACAACGCUUCCGUCGCCGGUCAACGUUUCCGUCGGUGGAUGCGACCAACUCAUCAACCCCUUUUGCGACGCCUCCUCAACAUCCCGUUGCUGACGUCUUGGACCUCCCUACCAUGAGUCACGGUUGGGAUGGGACGACUGCUCUAUCGUUGAGCCGAAGCCUUCUCGAUUCCAGUCAGCCAUCCAAAGAGUCAUUUACUUCCGCGCUGUCAAAGCAGCCUUCAGUCAGUGGGUCAUCCUCGUCGUCAGCGACGGAGGACAGAAACUUGUCCAACCAAGCUAUAACAAGCUCUGACAACAAGGACCUCGUACCACCUCUGUCGUUGCAUCCCCAACCUUUUGACGAAGCAACCAGUCCCUUCCCGCAAAUCAAUCACCGUCAAUCCCCGUUCGUCAUGUCGAGGCCAGACCAAGCACCGAGCCAAUUUCCAAGCAUCCAACUGAAACCGAUCACCCCCAUCUACAGGCGCAGAUACUCGUCGCGCAGACAAUCUACCACUUCAACCACAGCGCCGGCCGGGCUGACUAUUCCAGACCCUACAGUGAAUGCUUCGGCCUCCACUCCUAAGUUACGACCCUUCGGAUUGUCCAAUAAUGUCCCUAUUCCAACACCUCGCACCUCGAUAUCGGCCCUGGCUCGGGACAAGAACCAGAUCCCAGUUUCCACUGGCACCAAAGUUGCACCGCCGCCGCCUUCGCCGUUUUAUAAAGAACUUUCUGGAUUCUUUGCCACCCGCGCGGCGAGGGGGAAGUAUAUACUGCCCAGUCGCGUUGGUGGAGAAAAGCGUGCCAGAUAG